GACAUCUCUUUACGACUUUGUACUGAAGUAGUAUAAUUGUUUUUCGUUUUUACCAUUUUAUACGUAUUAUUUGUUUAUUGUCUAUAUUGACAAGAUAUCAACAUUUUAAUAAAGUGUAAAGUAAUGAGUGAAAUAUGGAAUUUGAGUUCUGUAUGUCGUUGUUGCCAUUCUGAUGGAAUAUUUAGAAAUCUUGAUACUCCUUAUGUAGUAGAAAAUAAUGUUGAAAUUUAUUCGAUAAUGUUACGCCAAACUUUGGGCAUUAACAUAUUCAUGCCAGCUAUUGAAGUGAGUAAAACUAUUUGUGAAGAAUGUGUACAGAAACUACAGGAUGCAUUUUACUUUAAAAACCAAGUAGUAGCAUGUGAACAGAAGUUUGAGGAGUACUGCAAAAAUGAACAGGCCUUAAAUGAAAAUGUGGAAACUAUCAAAACAGAAUUAGACACAGCUGAUAAUGAUGAACAGGCCCUAAAUGAAAAUGUGGGUAGUAUCAAAAUAGAAUUCGACAGAUCCAAUGAUGGCGUAUACGAUAAUGGCGAAGAUUCGUCUCUCGAGUACAAAGAUGAUAAAAUAUAUAAAAUGGAAAUGGAAAUUAAUGAAAUAAAACGUGAAGAAGACAAAUUAGCAAAUGGGGUGUUAAAAACUGAAUCUUUAUGUAAACAAUCUCAAAAAGAGACUCCUAGAAAAAAUAUUAUUAAAGGCGGAAAAGUAAAAAAACCGACGUUAAAAUAUGAGUCAUCGUUAGCGAAAUUAAGGCGCGCUCGGAAAAGGAGAAGCGAAUAUUCAUGCCAGCUCUGUCCAGCUACGUACAGCACCAGGGAAGCUCUUAGAGCGCACAUAGACCAAAUGAAACAUGAAAUGAUUUACAAAUGCGAGGUCUGCAGCCAAAAGUUUACGUCUAAAUCUCAACACAACAGACACUUAGCAUCGGUACACAGUGACAUCAAACCAUUCAAAUGCAAACAUUGCCCGAGAACCUUUCGACUAGAAACCUCGCUUCCAGAACAUGAGAAUCUUCAUACCAAACAAAAUCUUUAUCAAUGCGAUAUCUGCAACAAGAUGUUGAAGCACAAGCAGACACUGAAGAAACAUAUCCAGUGGCAUUUAGGACUGCAGAGGAAGUUAAUAUGUGAAUUGUGUGGUGGAACAUUUAAUGACCAGUGCAAUCUACGGAAACACGUGCAAACUGUUCAUCAGAAGUUGAAGCUUUACAAAUGUCAGCUAUGCCCAAAGGAGUUCGCUGCAAAUAAAGGCCUGAAAGUCCAUAUGCGACAACACACCGGCGAAAGACCGUUCUCGUGCGAUAUCUGUGGUAAGAGCUUCACGUCGUAUUCCACCUGUAAAUCCCAUAUAUUCACACACGAUCCCAAAUUCAGAUACAAAUGCAAAGUUUGUACAGAAACAUUCGAAAAGCGAGGGGCAUUCGCGAAACAUACUAAAAUGCACGUGGGCAUGAAGCCACUAGUCUGUCAUAUUUGUGGACAAGACUUCACGUGCAAAUAUUCUUUGAAGAGGCAUAUCUUUGAACAUACCGGGGUGAAGCCAUUCGUAUGUGACAAGUGCGAUUGUAGAUUCUCUCAAAAAUGUGGGUUAAUUAGGCACAACAAAAGGUUCCAUAGCGGCACUGUCCGUUCACCAGCCGAUAGGAAACAAUGUGGUUUAUGUAAACGACUUGUUUACAAUAUUGAGAAGCAUUUACAAACUCAUAAUAAUAGGCCACACGUGUGUGAAUAUUGCAAUAAGACAUAUGCGGCUAGGAAUAUAUUGAAUCGUCACGUUUUGAGCGUACAUUUAGGACUAAAGUCGUUUAAUUGUCAGUUUUGUGAUAAGAAAUACAAACAGAGGAAUGCAUUAAAGCACCAUUAUCUGAAAGCCCACAAGAUGCCGUUGAAAACGGAAUUAGAAGAAAAUAUGGAUAGUGUGGUCACUAAAUAUACAAUUGCCAAUAAAUAUAGGAAAAAGAAAAUUUGUGUUAAUAAUUUAACUGUGGAUAUGCCAUUGAUAGAAGAGUCUGAUAAAAAGUAAUUGUUUUCCUUUGCUUCAUGAAAAAUAUUGAAUCUUGGGAAAUCAAAUGACAAAACUAUAAUAUUAAUUUUUCUUACGUGCAAUAAAAAACAAGUUGAUAACUCAGCUAUUGAAACUAUAUACAGGAGGAAUUUUUGGUACAGAGCAUAUACCAUCACCAUCCUUUAUUUCUGCAUAAUAAAAUUUUUUAUUCAGAAAAUUCGGCAAAAA